AUCCCCGAUCGAUGGGGGGUGGUCAUCAGUCAGUUUCGAAUUCAAUUAACCCCCAACCUCCCACCGUCCUCUUCCUCAUUAAACUCUCUCUGCUCCCUCCGGCCCGCCGCCGUCCGGCAAGCGCCAACCACCUGCCUCCUUCCAAUUCCUCUAUUUCACUCGCCUGCCUCCGCAUCGCCGCCCGUCCAUCCACGAUCCCUCCCACCGUGCCUCCCUCCCCAAUCCAUCCAAUUCAUGGCGGCCACCUCCACCUCCGGCAGCGUCCUCCCAACACACACCACCCCGUCCGCCCCCACCUACCCUGCUUCUUCCUCCACCACCAAGCCCCCGCCGCACCCACGCCGCCGCUGCCUCUGCAUCUGCCUCCUCAUAACCCUCGCCCUCCUAACCGCGCUCGCCAUAACCCUCCUCGUCCUCUUCCUCACCGUCCUCAAAGUCCGAGACCCAACCACGCGUCUCAUCUCCACCCAGCUCUCCGGCAUCGCCCCACGCCUAACCUUCCCGGCGGUCUCACUCCAGCUCAACGUCACGCUCCUCCUCGUCGUGUCCGUGCACAACCCGAACCCGGCGUCCUUCGCGUACGACUCCGGCGGCCACACGGACCUCACCUACCGCGGCGCCCACGUCGGGUCCGCGGAGAUCGACCCGGGACGGAUCCCGAGCCGCGGCGACGGGAACGUCAGCCUCGCCCUCACGCUCCAGGCCGACCGCUUCGCGGACGACCUCCCGCAGCUCCUCGGCGACGUCGAGGCCGGCGCCGUGCCGCUCGAGGCCAGCACCAGGAUCCCCGGGAAGGUCAACAUCUUCGGCCUGUUCAAGCGCAGCGCCGUCGCGUACUCCGAUUGUAGCUUCGUGUUUGGUGUCGCUGAGAUGCGGGUGCGCUCCCAGCAGUGCCGAGAUCGCACCAAGCUCUAGCUCUAGUUGAUGGUGGUGGUGGUGGUGGCGACGGAUCCGUCCGUCCGUCCGUCGCCGGCGGCGUCAAGGCUUGUUCUCUCUCUCUCUCUGGUCUGCACCGCCGCCCGUGAGUCCGUGACGCGCGCCCGGCGCCGGAUCCCGUGCGUGCUGUGCUGGGUGCCGGCUUCACGUCACGUCGCGUCACGUGGUGCGGUGCCAUCCCAUCCGUGCGCUAGCUGGUUGGUUCGCCGCCGCUCGAGCUCCUUUGCGAUCAAGCCAUGCAUGGGAUCCGCGGCACACAGAAAAGACAAAAGCAUAAAGUGCAAUACUAAGAUGAGGUCCGUGGCCCACGAAUAAAGAGAAGCACAAGUUUUGGUCCCGUACGCUUGGCUGAAAAGCUUUCAUUGAUUUGUUGUGAGAAAUAUUAAUAUUGUUAAAUGAUUGUUAGAUUCAACAGAUAAGCUUAAACGAACGUAUCCUAUAGAUAUUUUUUAUGGAUUCAGAAACACAAUUUUUUUAUAGAUUCAGAAA